GUGACCACCAAAGUGAUAGCAAAGGUUCGACUAACAAUCUCGAUCAUAUUGUUGAUACUAUUUGUAAUAUCACUGGUUUGUGGCAUUUGGGCGUUCGCUGUGACCAAGAAUACCAAAACCAAACACAGACUCCAUUGGGACGCCAAAGAUGACGGACAUGUGCCGCAUGUGAUCAGUGCAAUGGCUCAGUGGCUAUUCCUGAUCCUAUUGUCGCCAUUCUUCGCCACUUAUUUCAACGAAAUGAAAGCAAUGACAAUACAUAACGGCGUCCUUAGGAUCACAUUCACCACAACCGUUAAGACCACUACAACUCAGCUGAAGACCACUGGAAAGACCCAAAAGAAUAAAACCAAUCAAACAAAAAUGACAGCGAACGAGGCUAAAGUGAGCGAGGAUAUUAUAGCUAAUAAUAUGCGCGCUGCUAACCAAGAUAUGAUCGGUGAUGCUAAACCGUUUAAAAGGGAUUUGGUUUGGCGUAAUAUCAUCCUAAUGUCUAUAUUACAUAUUUCUAGCAUUUAUGGCAUAAUAUUAGCGAUAAACGUGGUUUCGUGGCCCACAUAUAUAUUUGCAUAUGUGCUUGCGAUCUGCUCUUCGUUUGGUAUUACGUGUGGAGCCCAUAGGCUUUGGUGUCAUCGGAGCUAUAAGGCCCGACUCCCACUUCAAAUAUUGCUUAUGGUAUUUAACACUUUGGCCCUCGAGAAUGAUAUAUACGAGUGGAGUCGUGACCAUCGGUUGCACCACAAACACAGCGACACCGACGCCGACCCACACAACUCGCGGCGCGGGUUCUUCUUCUCACACGUCGGUUGGCUUUUGAGUCGAAAACAUCCGGAAGUGAAGGCCAAAGGAAAGACCAUAAAUAUGGACGACUUGGCCAACGAUCCGGUCAUAAGAUUUCAGCGCGCGUUUUACAUACCGCUUGUGCUAUUAAUAUGGGGUUUGAUUCCGACAUACGUUCCCCACUAUCUCUGGGGUGAGACGCUGUGGAACGGGUGGUUUGUGUGCGUUCUCACCCGUUAUACUUACGUCCUCAACAUCACGUGGUGUGUCAAUAGUGUGGCACAUCUCUGGGGAAUGAAGCCUUACGAUAAAAACAUAGUACCCGUUGAGGCCAAUAUGAAAAACUUUAUAUUUGGUGGAGGUUUUCAUAAUUACCAUCACACGGAUUACUCUGCGUCCGAGUUUGGUUGGCAGCGUGUGUUCAAUCCGGCGACCGCUUUCAUCGACUUCUUCGCGUAUAUCGGAUGGGCUUAUGAUCUGAAAAAAGCCUCCAAAGAGAUCAUUGAAAGCCGACGGCAAAAGACUGGCGAAUCCGUGUCUGAGUCUAAGUCACAGGCUAUGGAGUGUUUGAACGGCGUUUUAGUCAUAUUGGCUCCCAUUUGGUUAAAAUUUGCACUCAUGCAAAGCUGGUGGUAUUUGCCCUUGGUUAUUUACGGUGUCAGAUUCAUCAGUUCCUAA